AUGUCAUCCCGCCCUCGAGGGGGUCGCGGAACGAGUGGCCGAGAUGGGAAAGACACGGAACUUGAGAAUGAUAUCCUCACUAGAGUCCUUGAGAGCCUGCGUAAGGCCAAGGACUACAAUGACAAGUGCAAAAAGAUCGGCCAAGAUAUCAUGGCUCUGGAAGAAGAGAUCAAAGGAUCCGGAACCGGUACUCCUGAACAAUAUCGACGGCUUGACGCUCUUUACCGAGAAAAUGUCCGAUAUGCGGACUUGGAGAAGAAGGUCCACGAUGACGACGACAUCAUCAACAAUCUUGCCAUCCUAGCGACCAUGAGAUCCGGCGACGAACCCGCACCCCGGAACGGCCAACCCAAAUCACGGAAGCAGCAGCGGCCUCCUGUUGAUUCAGAAGCUGUUGACUCUCCCGGGCCCAGUCCGGGAGACGGUCGUCUAGAAAUGAUGAAACGGGUUAAGGGCACGUCUCAACGAAGUUCAAGCACAGCAAGCCAAAGCCGAGCUGCCUCAAAUGCCAGGGACGACGGAGGUGAGACGCACAAGGGGCUCCAAGCGGAAAGGGCAGGCCAGUUUGUAGCUGGAGCAGAAGUCUUCUACAAAUUUCCAAAGGACCAACAAGAGCAAGAAGAAGGCGUCGGUAUUCAUGGCAUUAUCAAGAAAGUGUGGCAGGACAAGAAGCCGAUACAAUACGACGUAAGAGACCCAGAGGAUGAUCCCACCGGAAAGCAGACAGUGCGCAAGGCCACAUUCAGAGACCUGGCACUCAUCCCGCAGACAGCCCCUAGUACUCAACAGUUCUCGGUGGGAACGACGGUGUACGCCAAAUAUCCCGAUACCGAUACCUUCUACCGAGCUAAAGUCAAGAGCUUCCAGAAACCCAACUACAGCUUGAAAUUCGACGAGGAUGUACAGGAGAUGCUCGUCGAUGCACGGUUCGUCCUACCUUCCGGGUUGAAGUAG